AUGAGGAGAUCGUGGCAUGGAAGCAAAAUUGGCAUGAGUUUAGCACUGAAGAGAAAAUUAUGUGUUCUUGGAAGGAAGAAAAGGUGUAAAAGUAAGAAAGGAAAGGCUUGCAAGAUGGUUUGGCUAAGAGAGAAGGGAGAGAAAGGAAGGGGUGGCUUGAGUGUCUCUUCCGGCAACUUGACAGUGACUCUGUCAAAUGUUAGAGCAAUAUGCCAGAAAAGGGAAAAUAGGGAAGAAGGAGACCCUAUUUAUAGCCAAUGGAAGCCAUCCAUUUCCAAGAAACCCUAA